AGUUUUAUAAAAAUAAUCAUUAAUUUCAUGUGGUUAGGAUAUAGUCUUGGAUUUUGAAGAAUGUUAACUAUUCCUGAUCAAAAUGUAACAAAAAUUUUAGUGAACACCACUGUAUUCAUCUGACAAGUUUUGUCUGUUUUCAAAACUGGAAUUAGUACUUCGAAAUCGACUUCUCUUUUUCCAAAAAGAAACGUUUUUGGACCGAUUCUAGUCGAUAAAGAGAAUACUAGAAAACGCAAAGGAAUGAAAAUCUAUAAAUGGCUUACGUGUUUACAUUAAAUUGACAUCAUCGACGUGUGAGUUCGCCAAAUCCAGUUCAUUUCUCAUCAAGGGAUUUAUGCCUUUUCUGCAUAUUUAAUAAGAUAUUUUCUUGUCAGAUUAAUAUAAUAUAACGUUCUUAAAAGUCUAAUCUAAGUGAAUGUAAGGAAUGAAAGGACAACAUAUAUUUAAAUAACUUUAUCAAAUGUUUUGUUUUUCUUUUAUGAUAGUAUUCAACAUAUUUUAAUUCUGGAUAUAGUAGAAAACAAAUUUAUAUAUCAGCAGUCUAGAAAUAUCUUGGACAACACUAAAAAGUGAAUAUGUCAUGUUCCAAAACUGGGUGAAAAAUGUUCCAAUAAAAAAAUGUUCCUCAUAAAAUGUGUUAUUUUCAAUCAAGCUUAAAAAUGAAAAAACUAUGAAAUCUAUGUCGAAUAAAGUCCCUAAACACCUGUUUUUCAACCAUUCAUAAUAAUGCAGCGGAAUUCACAAAUCACCAAAAUUUAAAUAGGUUGGAAGCCGGAUAUUUUGACAGUUCUUUUUCUGUUGCUCCGGUAACCAAACACUAAACAGCAACAAAUAAAUCAACAGAAGUCUUGUCACUGACGGUACUGCUAUUUUUCUCUUAUGUAGUGAAUUUCUGAUAAAAUGACUCUUUAUUUCGAGAACGCCUUGAGAUCAGGAGAAUUGAGUUCUAUCAGUUUAAACGUUAAAUGGCAUCCAAAUGCAACCUUUUUGGCAGUUGCUAGUUUCUCACAAGAGAAAGGAGGUUUUGUCACUGUAUUCGAUGAAUUGGGUGACUCACUCAAAGAAAAUAAUUAUCCUUUUCAUCGAAACUAUCAAAUAACUUCUUUUGCUUGGCAUCCAGAAUUAAUCAGUCUGGCCACAGGAUGGGAGAAUGGUGAACUCAAAAUUUGGAAUGAAUCAGAAAACGAUUUUCUGAAUUUAACUGGCCUACACAAAUCUCCCAUUACACAUGUUGAGUAUAGUGAGAAAGGUGGUCGCUUAGUCUCAUGUGAUUCUAGUGGUUCAUUGGUGGGUUGGAAAGUGGACAAUAAAGGACAAGCUGCCACUGUUUUUCAUCUAGAUGUCAAAGAAUGUAUUACCCAUAUAACUUUUCGAACCACUAUCAAGCAUCCCGAAUUUGACGUCAAAGGAUUAGCAAAAGCUGCUGUAAAUGGAGAUGAACAAGCUUUGGACAUCUUCAGUAACUGGAGACCGAAAACCACUGCACGAAAAUUCAGAGUUCAAGAGGGAUUGGACAAUAUGUGCUUCUUUGUUGGAACACAAGUUGGGUCUCUAUAUUAUGUCAACAAUGGUGGUUCUUGUACAGAAGUAUUGAAUACAGAAGGUGUACCAUUAACAAAUGUACUGUAUCAUUAUUCUAAAGAUGUAGUAGUGGUUAUGAUGGAAGGACUUACAAUUGGCCAUUUCUCUGUGGAUCAGCAGGGUAACCUCACUGAAGUGGCUAAGGUAAAAUUAAAUGGAAAAAUUCAAGGCCGUAGCGAUUUUAGCCAAAGGAUAGCAUGGGCUGGAGGAGAUUCACUUGCAAUUUUAACAGGAGAUUUAACUGUGAGGAUUUGGGACGUUGAAACAAAUGAUAAUUUUAUAAUGCCCACUACAAUGAAACUUUACGUUAAUGAAGAGAAAACGCGCCAAACAAAUGAAAAUUUCUGUUGUAUUUCCUAUUGUAAAUUGAACCAAACCAUUUGCGCUGGCACAAAUUUGGGAAAAAUCUACUUCUGGACCAAAAAGCAAGUGCAAACUGAAGGAGAAACUUCAGAUGGACUCUGGGAGUUGAAUAACAUUAAUAAUAUAGGUGGCACAGUCAAACAUUUGGUAUGGGGUUCUGUUCAAUUGAAACUACCCUUACUUUGCGUGAAUUGUGUAACUUCUGUUUACAUAAUGAAGGAACAGAAUAUAGGAACAGCUUUCUCUCCCAGGAUUUGGGCCACCCAAAAGACAGCUUCACAAGUUUUACUGGAAUCGGAAAGCAGUGAUCAUUUACUUACAAUCGAGCAUCAAGUGACUGACAUGUCGAUUAAUGAAAAAAAUUUGAUAUGUACCAACGGUAGAAUCAUAUCAACUUUCAAGAUUACAUGGAAGGAAAAUUCUAUUGAUGUCUCGAAGACUUCAGAAAAAUCUCACAUCAAUGAGUUUUCGUUGGAAAAAAUAUCUAGCUUCAACUGUGACAAUGAUUUAGUAAUCAUUCAUAACGAUCAUGUAAUUGUUCUCUCACUGAAAGGAGUUGCUGUGAAAGAUUUAUCCGGAAAUAAUAUCCAUAACAUUCUGAAUAAUUCUUCAGAAGGAGAAGCCAUAGGUAUCGAUGUCAAUUCUAAUUACCUCACUAUUUUCACAUUGGAAGGUUUCCUGAAAAUAUACGAUUUAUCUCAUACUCCACCCAAGCUGCUGAUUCCUCCACAAAAUCUAGUGGAGAUUGUACCGGAUUUUGGAGAAAUAAUUCAAGCUAAAUGUAAUGCCAAUGCUACUCAAGUUGCCAUGACUUUAGCCGGUACAAAUCUAAUACCAGACGGAAAGCUCUACAUAUGGGACAUCGAUAGCAAUACAUUAUUCAAUUAUGAUUUUCGAAAAUCCUACGAUGAAGUUGAAAAUGAGGACGAUGAUGGUUAUGAAGCCUCCCACAAAGAAACGGGUGACGAAAAGGUUAACUCCAGUUACCCAGAAAUAUGUCAGAAUCGGAUACCUCUGUCAUUAUUCUGGGAUAAGAACGAUCCAAGGUUACUCAUUUGUAACGCUAAAAGAUUGAAGUAUGGUUGGUCCAAUAAGAAUUCCGAGAAGAAAUCUGGUGCGGGACAUAAAAAAUUGCUUCAAGAUGAGGAACAUAUUGUUAUCUCCAUGUUCAUUUCUUCUGAAAAUGGGAUUAAAAUGCAUGAUAUCCAAGCAAUAGAUGCCGAAAGUCGACUUGUUGACAUUUCUACACCUUAUAUUAUUAUUCUGGAAAAACUUGCUCUAGUCAAAGAAGUCUUGGGCGAUUUUGUUGGGUUGGAAAAAUGUGAUAAAAUAACUAGAGAAGCGGUAUUGGAUUUCAGUUAUUACCUCAGUUUAGGUAAUAUGGAUGCAGCCUUCAAAUCAAUAAAACUGGUACAUAGUUCAGGGGUUUGGAACAGCUUGGCAAGAAUGUGUGUCAAAACGAGAAGAUUGGAUGUUGCCGGAGUGUGUCUAGGUCACAUGGGAAAUGCUAAGGCGGCAAGAAAUCUUAGAUUGGCAAUGGCUGACACCAGUUUACCCAUAGAAGCGCAGAUAGCGGUUUUAGCUAUUGAAUUAGGCAUGAUUGAUGAAGCGGAACAACUUUACAAGCAAUGCGAGCGAUAUGAUUUGCUCAAUCAACUUUAUCAAGAUCAAGAUAAAAUGGAAGAAGCUUAUUCAAUUGCUUCAACAAAAGACAGAAUACAUUUGAGAAACACAGAGCAUAUGUGGGCCAAAUCUCUCGAACAGGCUGGUGAUUUCAAGGAGGCUGCUUCAAAAUAUGAAAAAGCCAAUACCCAUAGAGUUGAGGUUCCAAGAAUGCUAGUGGAUCAGCCUGAAGAACUUCAGAAAUAUAUGUCCAAUACUAAUGAUCCGGAGUUAUUGAAGUGGUGGGGAAAAUACGUAGAGUCCCAAGGAGAUAUGUCAACAGCUCUGAAGAUCUAUUCUAAAGCAAAUGAAGUAUAUUCACAAGUUCGUGUUUUGUGCUACUUAGGUGAAGAAGCGAAGGCAGCAGAAAUAGCAAGACAGUCAUUAGAUAAGGCAGCAUUUUAUCAUAUGGCACGACAUUACGAAACAGUUGGCAACAAUGAAAACGCUAUUAAUUUCUUUGUGAAGGCAAAUGCUUACAGUAAUGCUAUUCGCUUAUGUAGAGAAAAUCAUAUGGCUGACGAAUUGUGGAAUAUUGGUCUAGUUGCUUCUAAUCGCGAAAAAAUCGAAUGUGCUCGAUAUUUUGAAGAGAUCGAUAACUUAGAGAAGGCUGUUGUACUCUAUCAUAGAUCUGGAAUGUUGCACAAAGCCCUUGACCUGGCAUUCAAAUCAAAUCAAUAUGACAUUCUGCAACAGAUUGCUACAGACUUAGAUGCUGACUCAGAUCCUGCUUUAGUUCAAAAGUGUGCGGAUUAUUUUGUGAAUAACGAACAAUUCGAUAAAGCUGUGGAUCUCUUAGCUGUCGGGAAGAAGUUCGAAGAAGCCAUUACUCUUUGUACAACUCAUAAUGUACAAUUAACGGAAGACUUGGCUACAAAGUUAACCCCUGAUAAGGAUCAGGUCGAUGAAGAGACCAGGAUUCGAAUACUUGAAACAUUGGCUGAAAGCUUAAUGCAACAAGGAAGCUACCAUUUGGCAGCACAAAAAUUCACACAAUCUGGGGAUAAGAUAAAAGCCAUGAAAGCCCUGUUGAAAUCUGGAGACACCGAUAGAAUUAUUUUCUUUGCAUCUGUCUCAAGAAAAAAAGAGGUUUAUAUUAUGGCUGCCAAUUAUUUGCAAACGGUGGAUUGGCAAAACGAUCCAGAAAUUUUGAGGAACAUCAUUACUUUCUAUUCAAAAGCUAAAUCCUUAGCUUUAUUAGCUAACUUUUAUGUAGCUUGUGCUCAAGUAGAAAUUGAUGAAUUUCAGAACUAUGAAAAGGCUUAUGAAGCCUUCAUGGAAGCAGGUGCCUGUCUUUCAAAAAUAUCCGCACCAAAAGAUCCUAAACAACACGAAAGAAUUACAGAAGUAAUAAAACAAAGGAGUGCUAUCAUAAAAAGAUUUGUGGACAUUAAAAAGUUAUUUGAGAGAGGUGAUAUACAAACAGGACUGACCCAGUGUAGGCAACUUCUAGAAAUUGAAUCAGAAGAAUUGGAAGUAGCAGUCAGAAGAGGCGACAUAUAUGCACAAAUGAUAUACCAUAGUAUUAAAACAUCGAAUUUCACAGUUGCGAAGCAAUUGUUUGAUGAAUUCAAGCAGGUUCUUAAUGCUUCUUCCAACAACACUAUAACUUAUUAUUUGAGUAAAGAUCUCUUGGAAGCUUUGGCGAACGGAUUAAACAUACCUGUUUCUUAUCUUGUUCCUUCUCUAACCAAAGUUAAACAUACAGAUAAAGAUGAAGGUGAAAUCGAAGAGGUAAUUGAAGAAUAAUAAGCUUUAAAUACAUUGUUAUAUAUUACAAGCAAUACUUGUUAUGUGUUACAUUAAUAUUAAUGUUUAAAAUUCA